GUUCCAGCACUUCCUUGUUCCUGAUCCUGAAUCCCGGUGUAUCGACCUCUGCCUGUCCGCCGACCAACCCAUGUGUGUUUGUUUGGAGGGCGGAGGAGGGAAAGGAGGGGGAAGGCGGGAAGGGGUGCACCGUGGGACAGCGCCGACCGAGGGCCCUCCUCCCCGCCUCCCCAGAUGUGGAGCAGCUCGCCGGGGUCAGUUCCAGUCGGAACAGCGCAGCGACGACGUCUAACGUUGACAACGACGUUUCACUUAACAUCGCGGAUCCACUCGAACUUUCCCCCCGCCCUCCAGUGGCCCCCUGCCGGCUUCCUCAUCAGUCGCAGACUUGAAGACGUUCGGAUUUAUGAACAACCCAUGUGGACUUUCUGUUUAAGCACUUUCAACGAGAAGGAAUGCCUAAUUUCUUGGCGAAAGUAACUUUAUUGUUGUGGCUGAUUGGACUAGCGCGAGGCCUCAGAUGCUCCAUGCCCACGGAGUCGUGUUUGAACCAGGGGAGGUGUGAGGCCACUCCAGAUGGCAACGGACAGUGCAAGUGUCGAGAAGGAUACACAGGAAGCAGGUGCCAGUUCCGUGAUCCGUGCAUCACCGGACCCUGCAUGAACGGUGCCACGUGCAGUGUGGUGACCAAGGCCUACACGGUGAACUUCAGCUGUGCCUGCAAGCCGGGUUUCGCUGACCGCCAGUGCCAGACCCCUGUCGGGAACGCCUGCGUCGGCGCACCGUGCCGCAAUGGGGGUACAUGUCAGCUGGAGGGUCUGCAAGCGUACAAGUGCCGCUGCCCUCCCGGAUGGUCAGGCAACCAGUGCCAACACCCCGACCCCUGUGCCUCAAACCCAUGCGCCAACGAUGGCCGGUGCUCUGCCAUCGAGUCGCACUACAUGUGCGCUUGCACGCCAUUCUUCUUGGGAAAAACCUGCAAGCAGGAUGUCAAUGAGUGCGACGCCAGUCCGCCUCCAUGCAAGAAUGGUGGCUCUUGUGUCAACGUGGUCGGCGGCUACCGCUGCCAAUGCCCGAUCGAGUACUCCGGUGAGCACUGCGAGAGCCGCUACCUGCCGUGCAGCCCGUCGCCGUGCCAAAAUGGAGGCACUUGCGUCCAGAAGGGAGACACCAGUUAUGAAUGCACUUGUGUGCCAGGCUUCUCGGGGAAAGACUGCAACCACAACAUUGACGAUUGCCCGGGUCACGAGUGCCAGAACGGCGGCACCUGUGUCGACGGAGUCAACACCUACAAUUGCCAGUGUCAGCCCGAAUUCACAGGUCAACUGUGCACGGAAGACGUGGAUGAGUGUCAGCUGAUGCCCAAAGCUUGCCAAAACGGUGGCACGUGCCACAACACCUACGGCAGCUUCCAGUGCGUGUGUGUCAACGGCUGGACAGGAGAUGACUGCAGCGAGAACAUUGACGACUGCGCCAGCGCCGCCUGCCACCACGGCUCCACCUGCCACGACCGUGUGGCCUCCUUCUUCUGCCAGUGCCCCCAUGGCCGCACAGGUCUGCUGUGCCAGCUGGAUGACGCCUGCAUCAGCAACCCUUGUCAGAAGGGCUCCAACUGCGACACCAACCCCGUCAACGGGAAUCACAUGUGUACCUGCCCUCUGGGCUACCUGGGGGCGUCCUGUGAUCAAGAUGUUAACGAGUGCUUGCUAGGUCCCAACCCAUGCGAGCACGCUGGCAAGUGCAUGAACACCAAAGGGUCAUUCCAGUGCAUCUGCCAGCGGGGCUACGUGGGGCCGCGCUGUGAGCUGGACAUCAAUGAGUGCAUGUCCAGCCCGUGCAAGAAUGAGGCCACCUGCCUGGACCAGAUAGGAGGCUUCCAGUGCAUCUGCAUGCCAGGCUAUGAGGGGGAGUUCUGCCAGAUCGAUAUGGACGAGUGUGCCCACAAACCCUGCCUGAACGGCGGCAACUGUAUUGACAAGAUCAACGCCUUCCACUGCCAGUGCCCCAAAGGCUUUACCGGACACAAUUGUCAGAUCGACAUCGACGAGUGUGCCAGCACACCUUGCCAAAACGGUGCAAAGUGUGUCGAUGGGCCCAACGAGUACACCUGCGAGUGCACAGAGGGCUACUCUGGGCGACACUGUGAGACAGACAUUGAUGAGUGCUACUCAGAGCCGUGCCACUACGGUUCCUGCGUGGACGGCCUGGCCUCCUUCAGCUGCCUCUGCCACCCAGGUUACACGGGCCGGCUGUGCGAGACCAACAUCAACGAGUGUCUCAGCCAGCCGUGUUGGAAUGGCGGCAUCUGCCAGGACCGGGAAAAUGCUUUCAUCUGCAACUGCCCCAAGGGAACCACCGGAAGAAACUGUGAAAUCAACAUUGAUGACUGCAAGAGCAACCCAUGUGAUUACGGCACCUGCAUUGACAAGAUUGAUGGCUAUGAGUGUGCCUGCAAGCCCGGAUACACUGGUACCAUGUGUAACAUCAACAUAGAUGAGUGCCUAAUCAACCCGUGUCACAACGGUGCCACUUGUAUCGACGGCAUCAACCACUUCACCUGCGUGUGUCCCGAGGGCUACCACGACGCCACUUGCUUCUCGCAGGUCAACGAGUGCCUCAGCAACCCCUGCGUCCACGGACAUUGCGAGGACAAGGUCAACAGCUACCAAUGCUUGUGCGACUCCGGUUGGAGCGGCAAGAACUGCGACAUCAACAACAACGAGUGCGAGUCCAACCCAUGCAUGAAUGGCGGCACAUGCAAGGACAUGACUAGCGGCUACUUGUGCACCUGCCGCGUGGGCUUCACAGGGCCAAACUGUCAAAUCAACAUCAACGAAUGUGCUUCCAACCCCUGCCUCAACCAGGGGACAUGCAUCGAUGACGUAGCGGGCUACAAGUGCAACUGUGUCUUGCCUUACACAGGAGACAAAUGUGAAAGCGUUAUGGCCCCCUGUAUCACCAAACCUUGCAAACACGGAGGAGCAUGUCAGGAGUCAGAGGACUAUCAGAGCUUCUCCUGCAUCUGCCCGGAAGGAUGGCAAGGACAAACAUGCGAGGUAGACAUUAAAGAGUGUGUGAAGAAUCCUUGCCUCAAUGGGGGCACCUGCCAGAACACCAUUGGAAGUUACCGCUGCAGCUGCAAACCCGGAUUCACCGGACGCAACUGUGAAACUGACAUUGACGACUGCAAGCCCAAUCCGUGCAGCAACGGGGGCCUGUGUCAGGAUGAGGCCAACGGCUUCCAGUGCACGUGCCAGCCGGGCUUCCGCGGCACUGCGUGCGACGAGGACAUCAAUGAGUGUGAGAGCAACCCGUGCAAGAACGGCGCCAACUGUACUGACUGCGUCAACAGUUACACCUGCACCUGCCCACCUGGCUUCAGCGGCAUCCACUGUGAAAAUAACACGCCAGACUGCACCGAGAGCUCCUGCUUCAACGGCGGCACCUGCGUGGACGGCAUCAAUGCCUUCACGUGUCUGUGCCCUUCCGGCUUCACCGGCAGCUACUGUCAGCAUGACAUCAAUGAGUGUGACUCCAGACCCUGCUUGCACGGCGGGACUUGCCAGGACAGCUACGGAGCCUACAAGUGUGUGUGUCCACAUGGAUACACUGGACUUAACUGUCAGAACCUCGUGCGCUGGUGCAACUUGUCACCCUGUAAAAAUGGGGGUUCCUGCUGGCAAAGGGACACCUCCUACAGCUGCGAGUGCCAGACGGGUUGGGCGGGGGUCUACUGCGACAUACCAAGUGUUUCCUGUGAGGUGGCGGCCAAACAGAGAGGGGUAGACGUUGCAAACCUGUGCCGUAACUCAGGCCAGUGUCUGGACAUCGGAAAUGUUCACCGCUGCCAUUGCCAGGUGGGCUACACAGGAAGCUACUGUGAGGAGCAAGUGGACGAAUGCACGCCCAACCCGUGUCACAAUGGAGCCACUUGUUUUGACUUUUUAGGAGGAUACACCUGCAAGUGUUCGCCGGGCUUCGUGGGGACCAACUGCUCCGACGAGAUCAAUGAGUGCUUCUCCCAGCCUUGCCAACACGGGGGCACCUGCAUUGACCUGAUCGAUACCUACAAAUGCUCCUGUCCUCGUGGAACCCAAGGCAUCAACUGCGAGAUCAACGUGGACGACUGCAUGCCGUUGGCCGAGCCGCUCACCAAAGAGCCCAAGUGUUUCAACCACGGCCGGUGCGUGGAUGGCGUGGGUGGCUACCAUUGCUUGUGCCCACCCGGGUACGUUGGCGAGCGCUGCGAGGGUGACGUCAAUGAGUGCCUCUCCAACCCGUGCGACCCUCGCGGCACGCACAGCUGCAUCCAGCUGGCCAACAAUUACCGCUGCGAGUGUCGCACCGGAUUCACAGGUCAGCGCUGUGAAGCUGUCUUCGAUGGCUGUAAGGGGAAACCGUGUCGCAAUGGUGGCACCUGCGCUGUCGCCAGUAACACACCGCACGGCUUCAUAUGCAAAUGUCCUCCCGGAUUCACUGGCUCCACCUGUGAAUACAACGCUCAGGCUUGCGGCAGCCUCCAGUGCCAGAAUGGAGGCACCUGCAUCUCGGGCCAAAUGAGUCCCAAGUGUCUGUGCACACCAUCAUUCACGGGGCCCCAGUGCCAGUACCCCACCGACACCCCGUGCAAUUCCAACCCCUGCUACAACUCAGGCACGUGUGAGAACACCCCCGAGGCGCCGUACUACCACUGCGUCUGCCCUGCCAACUUCAAUGGCGUCUGGUGCCAUAUCCUGGACUUCAGCUCCCCGGGUGGUCGGGGCCACGACGUAUCACUACUGCCACCGUCAGCGACGGACGUAGCCUGUGAGAUACCGCAGUGCGAGGAUCGUAAGCACAACCAGGUUUGCGAUGUGCUGUGCAACAAUCACGCGUGCGGCUGGGACAACGGCGACUGCUCACUUAACUUCGCCGAUCCAUGGAAGAACUGCUCAGCCUCGCUGCAGUGUUGGCGCUACUUCAAUGACGGCAAUUGUGACUCGCAGUGCGACAAUGCUGGCUGCCUCUAUGAUGGAUUUGACUGCCAGAAUCUGGAAGGACAGUGCAACCCCCUGUACGACCAGUACUGUAAAGACCACUACGCCGACGGCCACUGCGACCAAGGCUGCAACAAUGCUGAGUGUGAAUGGGAUGGCUUGGAUUGUGCCAACAACAUGCCUGAGAAGCUGGCCCUGGGCCAGCUGCUGGUGGUGGUCCUGAUCGCGCCAGAGCAGCUGCUCAAUCACUCAUUUGGCUUCUUGCGUGAGCUCAGCCGCGUCCUACGUACCAAUGUGGUGUUUCGGAUGGACUCAAAGGGCAAAACCAUGGUGUACCCCUACUACGGCAAUGAGCAGGAGCUAAAGAAGUACAAUGUCAAACGCUCGGUGGACACGUGGUCAGAAGUUCCGAGCAAGGUGCUGAGCGUGGUCAGGAGGAGUGUGGAUGGGCACUGGUGGACGAAGCGGGAGCUGGAUCAUGUGGAGAUCAAAGGCUCCAUCGUGCAUUUGGAGGUCGACAACCGACAGUGCGUCCAGCAGUCCAGCGAAUGUUUCCAGAGCACCACGGACGCCGCCGCCUUCCUCGGGGCGUUGGCCUCCAGCGGCAAACUGGACGUUCCCUAUACAAUCGAAGCAGUUUAUAGCGGUGCUGACCCCCAGCAGCCGCAGGAACUCUACCCGCUCUACUUGGUGCUGGGCAGCCUGGCCGUGUUGGCCUUCGUCGCUGUGGGCGUGGUGGUCGCCCGGAAGCGUCGGCACGAGCAUGGGCGCCUCUGGCUCCCUGAGGGCUUCAAGACCACCGAGCCCAGCAAGAAGAAAAGACGCGAGCCUGUCGGGGAGGAUUCUGUGGGAUUAAAGCCGCUAAAAAAUACCUCGGACAUUUCGCUCGUGGACGACGUCCACAAUGAUUGGGGUGAAGACGAGCCCUCGGGCGACAAACGUUUCAGGCAGUUUGACGAGCAAGCCAUCGUGGAUGCACGUCACCACACGGACAACCGGCAAUGGACCCAGCAGCACUUGGACGCGGCUGACUUGCGCAUCCCCUCGGUGGCGCCUACACCCCCCCAGGGCGAGAUUGACAGCGACUGCAUGGAUGUCAACGUCCGGGGGCCAGAUGGAUUCACACCGCUCAUGAUCGCGUCCUGCAGCGGUGGAGGCCUGGAGACGGGCAACAGCGAGGAGGAGGAGGAUGCCUCGGCCAACGUCAUAAAUGAUUUCAUCUACCAGGGUGCCAGCCUUCACAACCAGACGGACCGCACCGGAGAGACGGCGCUGCACCUGGCCGCCCGCUACGCCCGCUCCGAUGCCGCCAAGCGGCUGCUGGAGGCCAGCGCCGACGCCAACAUCCAGGACAACAUGGGGAGGACCCCACUUCACGCCGCCGUGGCAGCCGACGCCCAGGGGGUCUUCCAGAUUCUCAUAAGGAACCGCGCCACCGACCUCGAUGCCCGCAUGCAGGACGGCACCACCCCCCUCAUCUUGGCCGCCAGGCUAGCGGUGGAGGGCAUGGUGGAUGAGCUCAUCAACUGCCACGCCGACGUUAACGCCAUUGAUGAUUUUGGUAAAUCAGCGUUGCACUGGGCUGCUGCUGUGAAUAACAUGGAGGCUGCUAUGGUGCUGCUCAAGAGCGGUGCCAACAAGGACAUGCAAAACAACAAGGAGGAGACGCCACUGUUCCUUGCAGCCCGGGAAGGAAGCUACGAGACGGCCAAAGUCCUGCUGGACCACUUCGCCAACCGGGAAAUAACGGACCACAUGGACCGUCUUCCCCGAGACAUCGCACAGGAGCGAAUGCAUCAUGACAUCGUCCGUUUAAUGGACGAGUACAACCUGGUACGGAGUCCUCCCAUGCACGGGGGGGCCCUGGGUACCGCGUUAUCACCGCCGCUCUGCUCGCCCAACGGCUACGUGGGUGGCAUGAGGCAGCCCCCGCCUCAAGGCCAGGGCCCGGUAGGUGGCAGGAAGACUCGCAAAGCCUCCACCAAGGUCUGCAACGAUGCCAAAGACUUGAAAGUAAAGAAGAAGAGCUCUCAGGACGGGAAGCCUCCUGGCAGCUUGUUGGACAGCUCAGCCGUUCUGUCCCCGGUGGAUUCACUGGAGUCCCCUCGUGGCUACGCCUCAGACGCCGCGUCUCCCCCCGUCAUGACGCCAGCAGCGAUCGGCCACCUCCAAACCAUGUCGGAGCCGCACCUUGGCGUCAGCCACAUUGUCAUGCCCAAUAAGCAAGAGCUGGCACGGAUGCAGUUCGACCCGCUUCCCCCGCGCCUCACCCACAUGCCCGUGUCAGGGUCCACGGGUCAGUGUGACUGGAUCUCCAGGAUGCAGUUUGGCGCCUUGAGGGGCAGCGGUCAACACGGGAUGAUGAGCGCCCAACACAACGGGCACCCUCAGAUGAUGGCCUACGCAGGCAUUCCCGCCACCCGCCUCAAUCCCAUCAUGCAGCAGAUGCAGAACCUUCAACAACUCCAGAAUCAGAACUUCAUCAACCCCGACCUGAGCCCCCCGGAGCUCCAGCCAACUGCCAUGCCCAUGCGUACCAUUCUGCCCCAGGAGGCACAGAUCAUGCCCGCCUCCCUGGGCACUCAGUUCCUCACCCCCCCCUCGCAGCACAGCUACUCUGGCCCCGUGGAUGGGAACACCCCCAGCCAUCAGGUCCAGGGACCUGACCACCCCUUUCUCACGCCCUCACCAGGCUCGCCGGACCAGUGGUCCAGCUCCUCGCCACACUCCAACAUGUCGGACUGGUCGGAAGGCAUCUCCAGUCCCCCUACCAGCAUGCCAACCCAGAUGGGACACCUCCCUGAGCAGUUUAAGUGAAAAACAGAUGAGCUACCCAUAUAUUUUUAUAAAACAAAAUAAAAAUGAAAAAGGACAACUUUGAAUAUUUGAUAUGCUUUUUAUACCCGUCUUUCCCAACCAUUUAUUGAGUGAAGUCUACCGCAGGUGUCUAACGUACUGCAGAUGUGGACACAAACGCCAACAGGAGACGUAUGGUUAGAGUGGAUGGUUCGUUUAAUAUAAUAGAGGAAGUUGCUUGUAGACCAGUUGGACAGGUUGCUCGGGUGAGACAGGAAGGGCUGAGGAUGUCCUUGGGUUGGUUGAGGGGACGAGAGACUUGGAACAAGUUGGAGGCAGGCUGGGCGACGAGAUGCUUGCAGAGCGCCCCGGUGGAAGCCGAAAUUAUUUGGCAUCUGCUUAGCGGGCAGGCAGGCAGGCAGGCUCUUUAAACUCUGUCGAUUGGUGGCUGGUGUGCUAGAAUGAGUGUCCCUCCGGAAGCUUCGCAGACCAGCCUGAAACAAUAAAAUAAACUACAGUACUAGCAGUCUGCUGCAGUAGGUGGAGUCCACCAAAAUAAGACGAGGCUGCGGCGAAAUACUACAAAGGCACUACUUCCAACAGGUUUGCAAUAUUUACUUUUGCGAUAACAUUUCAGCAUGAACAUAAAAUGCACUUUAAACUUUGGACGUGAACUUAAUCUGACAUCUGAACUUUUGAAUACAAUAUUUGCCAUUCUCGAACAAACACCGAAACAGCAAAAUCCACCAACAGGUGGUUCAACAAAUGGUCCAAUAUAUUUCCAAGGUUGUCCAAGUUUGUGCCUUUCUGUGACUCCUCCAGUCGUUCUGUUGUUGUCUUCUGAUGACAUGUUAAACUCAGCGGUCACUUACCUCAUCAUUUUGAGAUUUCAAACGUUUUUUUUUUCUGAAGGAAGUAGUUACUGAAUUUUGAGUGUCACUAGGAGAUUGCAACAGAGAGACUGGAAAAGUCACCCAAAGUCAUAGAUUGGAUAUUUUCAUGGAUCAAACGUGUAUUCUAAUGUUAAUUUUGUGCACUAGGGAAUAGUAUGUUGUGCAAAAAAAAAAAAAAAAAAAAGAACUGAUACUGAUGUGCAUUCAAAGGUUUAGAGGUCAAAUUAAAUUCAUUUGGAAAGGUUGCAGCACAUUUUAAGUUCAUCCUUUUCAAACUUAUGGGGAGCUGUGGACUUCUGUACUUUAGAAACAUCUCAUGGCACUCGUUUCAAAUGAACUCACAAAUGUACAUUAGCUACUCUGUUGUAUGAAUGGCAACAGGUGCGAUGAUACACAGGUUAUUAUUCUGCCGUCUAGUGGAAGUGCAUAUCCUUGCUGUGCUCACAAACAACGACACAUUUGUAGUAAAUGAAUAGUCGUGAAAUUGGAUCAUUUCCCCCGGCACAGUGGUUGGAAAUCACCAUUUUAUACUAACAUUAACACAUGCCUUUUGCCCCCCUUUUUUCAUUUGUAUUUAUUAAUGUCUUUAUUUAAACUCCUUGCCUGCCUUUGGAAUUUGCUGGUAAAUGCAGUUUCUUUCUGUUCUUUUCUGGUUAUCAUUACGCUGGCUAUUUAUUUGUUCUCUUUGUUGCGCCAUUUAAUUUGUUGUAUGAUCUUUGUUUAUACAGACAUUUGCAUUGCAUUCAACGGGCAUUCCACUGAGGGCCUCCAGUGUUAUGUACACUCUUUGUAAAAUGUCUGAACAGAAGAAAGGACGAGUAUGUGGCCAUCUUGGUGAUUGGCUGUUUUAAACGGGCUUUAUAUUAAGUCCUGUUCUCUUUGGACAAACUGGCCCAUUUGGCCACCGUGUGUGUUUUCUUGUUGUCAUGCAGGGGGGGGGGGGGGUCAAGAAGAAAAAAGGCCUUCUCCUAUUAGUUUAAGCCUAUGGCUAUGUUCUCCCAUGUUGUAAAUAGCUUUUUGAGUUUCCCCUCGUAAGCAGGAUUUUGUUAAAGAAAUCUGAUGUCUGCAAAUAAAUGUUUGUUCUAAAAUGUGUUUUCUACACAAAUGUGAGUGUAUGUUAAAACUGUUGUACACACACUGGUAUAAGAUUUGUUUUU